AGAACGUCCGGCCCGCCUCUCGUUCACCGUUUUCUGACUUGUCUGAUUAAUAUUCCUAAUGCCGGUUUGGUUGCGUGAACUCUAGAAGACCUGAUGCUGCAUUAGAAUGUGAGACUCUCAGCCACAGAAACUAUGGCAGCUUUGGCUCCAUCUGUCUCCAAGGAGAAGGUUGCUGGCCUUGUCAAUGGUUUUCUGUGUGUCGAGGCUGUGGAUGAAGACUUGAACAGCUAUCUGGUGCACCAUGACGAGAAUGAAAACAACAAGCUGCAGACGUUUGAGCAGGAGCUAGUCCCGCCUGCUGGCUGGCUCUCCACCUGAGGAGGUGGAACUCAUCCUGCUGGCCUUCAUAGGUCAAGUGUCCGAACAGUCGGACAAGCGGAUGCGGAAGCUGCUGGCCGUGCUGGAGCGCUGCGUUCUGUCUGGUGUCCUGCCGGCCAAGCUGUUAUGCGAUGACCUCCUGGCCAAUGAGCAGCUGUCUGUGACGCGGCGGGACCUCUGGACCGAAACGUUCCUCCUGCUGCGCCGAGUCAUCUACAAGGUCGACUACAAGGGUGUCCGCGAGAUCAUGAAGGUGUGCCUCGAGCGCGCCCGCCAGCUGCCGCCUGAGAUCAGCGAGGCGGUGGCCGACCAGUUCCACGCACUCUACAGCGUCAUCCAGCACAUCUUCGACCGCGAGGCGGCCCUGCUGCCGGCGUACUUCAUCGUCAACGAGAUCGUGCGAUCGUACCCGGACUGCCGGGGGUUUCCGCACUGGAAGCUGGCCGGUCUGCUGGAGGCGUUCAUCGCCUCGUUCCGCAGCACCGCGCAGAUGGUGACAAUGAUCGGCCGACAGCACAUGCUGCCCAUCGUGGAGCACGCAGCGCAGCCGGCCAGCUCCUGGAAGCUGGACCAGACCACGCUGCGCUUCCCGGUGAAGGGCAACCUGCCGUACGAGCGGGCGGUGCUGCAGCCGCAGCGGGCGCUGCUGAUGCACAUGGUGCGCCAGCCGUACAGCCGCGAGAUGGUCUGCUCCGUUCUCGGCCUGCAGAAACAGCAAAAGCAGCGAUGUCCCAGCUUGGAGGACAUCUUGGUGGACCUGAUUGUGACGUCGAUGGAGCAGAUGGAGAACUGUAACACCGACGACUUCCGCGAGAGGGCGGCCCAGCUGUGGCAGCACAUAUCGGCCCAGCUUAUCUACUUCGUUGUUUUCUACUUCGCCGACUUCGCACAGCUUAUGAUCAAGCUGCGCAAAAAGCUCAAGGGCCGACGCUGGGACAACAGUCGUGACCACCUGAUGUGGAUUCUGCUCCACUACAUCUCGGGCAGCAUCACCAAAAAUGCGCUGGCCGGGUUCCUGCCGCUGCUCGGCCUGCUGACGUACCUGUACGGCGCGGACUCGACGCCGAUCCCGGUGCCGGACUGCUCCCGGCCCGACGCCGCCGUCCAGAUGGCCGCCGUCAGCAUCUGGACGCACCUGCAGAAGAAGGCGCAGGCCGACCACGUGGAGCUGCCGGUGCGGCUGCCGGCGGCGCUGCAGCCGCGGCACGAGCUGCUCCAUCAGCUGGUGAACAUGGGCCGGCCGGCCUCGCUGGAGCGUGACUUCCGGCUGGCGCUGGUCUGCAACGCCUUCAGCACGCACGCCGACCAGAUGCAGCGCCACCUCAACGUGCUGACAGAGGCGAUCCAGGGCGGCGCCCAGCGGAGCACGGUCAGCAUGCCGGGCACCAACUGCUUGGCCAGCUAUCCCACGGCGCCGCUCAGCAUGGCCCUGCUCGACUCGCUCACCAUCCACGCUAAGAUGUCGCUCAUCCACGCGAUCUCGGUGCACAUCUCGAAGACGGCUCAGGCGCCGCAGCACAAGCUGGGCGCGGCGGCCAGCCCCGCGCUGCCGCCGGCCAUGGUCGAGACGUACGCCCGCCUGCUGGUGUACGCCGAGAUCGACACGCUCGGCAUCAAGAACCUGACAGCCACGCUGCUGCCGACAGUGUUUAAGGCGCACGCCAUGGGCAUCCUGCACACGCUGCUGGAGAUGUUCAGCUGCCGGCUGCGGCACGUGCAGCCCCACUACCGGCUCUCUCUGCUCGGCUCCGUGCACUCGCUGGCCAACGCGCCGCAGACCAACCAGACACAGAUGCACCUCUGCCUGGAGAGCACGGCGCUGCGCAUCAUCAGCGGCCUGGGCAACUCCGAGAUCCAGACGCAGCUGGCGCGCCUCGUUAGCGAGCCCAAGUCGAUCGUUUCCUCCGACUCGGAGGAGCUGAAUCGCGCGCUCGUGCUCAGCAUCGUGCGCGCCCUGCACAUCGCAGGCUGUGACGUCCGGCCAGGGAACGACGGCCUGGCGGGCGUGUGGUGCCGCGACAUCCUGCUGGCCGUGAUGCAGGCGACGCCGCACGUCUGGCCGCGCCACACGCUGGAGCUGUUUCCGGCGCCCGUGCGCGACUUCUUCAACCAGUACCCCAGUCAGCGGGACGACAAGCAGCAGCUGAGGAACAGGGUCGACGAGGAGUACCGGAAGUACAUGUCCAUGAACAACGAGAACGAUAUCAUCACGCACUUCACCAUCCAGGGCCAGCACCCAUUCUUCAUCUGCCUUCUGUGGAAGAUGCUGGUCGAAACCAAUCGCAUCACGCCCAUCGCCUACAAGGUACUGGAGCGCGGCGGGCCCAAGGCGCUGACCGUCCACUUGCGCACCUUCUGUGACUACCUCAUCCACGUGUUCAGCAACUCUCCAGACGGCGGCUACUUGAAGAAGUGCGUGGACGGCGUGCAUAAGCUCAUCUGGACGUACAACGUCAUCACCGUCGACCGGCUCAUCCUGUGCCUGGUGUUGCGACCCAACGAGCCCAACGAGCUGCGCGUCUGCUUCUUCCUGAUCCAGAUGCUGGUGCUCACGCCGCCUUCCGAGUUCAUCGAGCGCAUCAAGAAGUUCGUCUCGGAGAACGACCCGCGCCACUGGCAGCAGGACAACUGGCACGAGAAGCACCUGGCGUUCCAUCAGGCCUUCCCCGAGCGGUUCGCGCCCGAGGACGUGCUGGCGGAGCAGCAGAGCAAGACGGCUCAGGCGUACCAGAGCCUGCCGGUCUACUUCAGCAACAUCUGCUUCCGCUUUCUACCGGUGUUCGACAUUUUGAUCCAGAGGAUCCUGGAGUGUCCGCAGGGUGACGCCAUCGGCCUCAUCCUGGACCAGAUGGGCAGCCUGUACAAGUUCCAUGACCGGCCUGUCACCUUCCUGUACAACACGCUGCACUACUACGAGAAACCGCUCUCCGAGUGGCCGCAGAUCAAACGCAAGCUAGUGACGGUCAUCAUCGACUCGCAGGCGGACGUCAAGCCCAAGGGCUGGUGUCUGACGGAAGAGUUCGAGGCGUAUCUGGCCUCGCCGACGGGCGACACCGACGAGCCGUGGCGGCCGCAGCUCGACUACUACUACCGGCUGCUGCAGCGGCUGGUGGACGCGCUUGCCGACCGGCCCGUCUUCCCCAACCUCGAGUGGCGCUUCAACGAGUUCCCCAACGCCAGCGCGCACGCGCUGCACUGCACCUGCCUGGAGGUGAUGGCGGUGCCGGUGCCGCCGGCCGAGGCGGUGGCCGCGCUGCUGGAAGUCAUCGUCAGCGGGUACGUGGCCCUGCCGCGCGACCAGCUGCCCGCCUGGCUCAACGCCGUCGGCCUGCUGCUGACCUGGCUGCCCGAGCCGUACUGGCGUGCGCUGACCGAGCGGCUGCUGGCCGCGCUGGCCGCGCUGCCGCCCGACGCCGACGUGUUCGAGGAGCUGCGCCUGGAGUCGCGGCUGGCCGUGUGCCAGUGCGGCGAGCCGCUGCUGCUGCUGGCCAUCUCGCACGCCUUCUGGAAUCACGCCACGCAGGGCCAGAUCGCGGCGCUGCUGGCCGUGCUGCGCGCCCGGCUGCGCGAGCUGGUCCGCUCCGAGGUGCAGUUUGUAUACGUGUGCCACCUGGUGGCGCCGUUCCUGGAGCGGCUCAACACGAGCUCCGUGUUCGAGCUCACCAAGACGCUGUACGAGACGCUCGAGGAGGUGGACAAGGCCAGCACCGAGCUGCGCUACAUGGACCAGAUCAGCGACAUGCUCUACCACAUCAAGUACAUGCACACGGGCGACUCGACCAAGGCCGAGGCGGAGCGGGUGAUCCGAGCCCUCAGGCCGGCGCUGCAGCUGCGCCUGCGCUUCAUCACCCACCUCAACCUGGACGAGAUCCCCGGCAUGGAGGAACAGCAGCAGACGCCGCUGUCACAGCCGCCCCCGCAGUGAGCGGCACGGUGCCCCGGGGCGGCAGACGUCCCGGCGACGGCCUCAGAGCCUUGGGGUGGCGACCAGAGGGCGGACUCGGGUCUGGCGGUAACCUCCAUGCCAAGGUUUAACGCACAACGUAGUCGUUGGCGACGCUGGCCGCGACCGCCGCAAGCCGCCCUGAAUAGUUGCUUGUCUCAGGUGUACCGGCGCCGACACGCGCGGUCUGUACCGCGGUCGAGCGGCGCUUGGUGAACAGUGGUGGCGUGUGCUGGCCGUCCGCGCCGACGGUCGGACCGCUAGGUGUCGCGCCGAGCGGUCUGCCGCGGGCUUCUCUGCGAUAUCGAAUGCCGCGCGUGCUGGAUUCGGCUCAGGCGAGGCGAGGCGUGGCGAGUUGCCUUGACUCUUAUGUGUGCAGAGAUCUCGUGUGGCAUUUCCUGCUCAUCGUGAUCCAUAAACCACCUGUGGGAAGGGAAGCUUCCCAUCUAGUAUGUCUGCUGAA